AUGUCACCGUCAGCAGUCAAUGGCGAUGGCGUCAAUGGAGUCACUCAAUUGAACGGUCAUAGUAUCGGAACUCAGUUGAAGGCGACUGCCCCAUCAUUCCAUCCCUCAGGAACACCGGAUCGAUCAAAAUACCACGCUUCGUCUUCCGAUGAAGCCAUUCACGCUGAGCACGAAUAUGCUGCUCACAACUACCAUCCUUUGCCCAUUGUUUUCGCCAGAGCACUGGGCACCAAAGUAUGGGAUCCCGAAGGUCGCGAAUAUCUAGACUUUCUGUCUGCAUAUUCCGCUGUCAAUCAAGGCCAUUGCCAUCCUGAACUCGUCAAGGCGCUGGUUGAGCAGGCGUCAACUCUGACUCUAAGUUCGAGGGCAUUUUACAAUGAUGUCUUUCCCCGCUUUGCAGAGUUCGUCACCAAAUACUUCGACUUCGACAUGGUUCUGCCCAUGAACACUGGUGCUGAAGCAGUUGAGACCGCUAUCAAAAUCGCCAGAAAGUGGGGUUACAAGUCCAAAGGUAUUCCCCAAGGCGAAGCAUUAGUCCUCAGUGUCGCAGAGAACUUCCACGGUCGCACAUUCUCGGCCAUCUCCAUGUCAACAGAUCCUGAAUCGAGAGACAACUACGGACCCUAUCUUCCAGGUGUUGGUAGUGUAAAUCCCGGUACAGGUGAGGUGAUUCCCUACAACGACGUCGAGGCUGUCCGCAGCGUUUUCGAGUCUCAUGGAGACAAGAUUGCCGGCUUCUUGGUCGAGCCUAUCCAAGGUGAAGCCGGUAUCGUGGUUCCAUCUGACAACUAUCUCUCCGAUGUCCGCGCUCUUUGCGACAAGCACAACGUUCUACUUAUCUGCGACGAGAUCCAGACUGGCAUUGCUCGUACAGGAAAACUUCUCUGCCACGAAUGGGCUGGUAUCAAACCCGACCUCGUACUUCUUGGCAAGGCAAUUUCAGGGGGCAUGUACCCCGUGUCCUGUGUAUUGGGCAGGAAAGAUGUCAUGUUGACUAUUGAGCCUGGUACUCACGGUUCCACAUAUGGUGGAAACCCACUUGGCUGUGCUGUUGCCAUCCGAGCUCUUGAGCUGGUGCGCGAAGAGAAGAUGGUCGAACGGGCCGAAAAGUUGGGACAAAUAUUCCGUGACGGCCUUCGCGACCUCAACAGCCCUCUGAUCACCACCAUCCGUGGUAAAGGUUUACUGAAUGCUAUCGUCAUCGAUGAGGCCAAGACAAAUGGCCACAGCGCAUGGGAUCUGUGCAUGCUCAUGAAGUCUAAAGGUCUAUUGGCCAAACCAACUCACCAGAAUAUUAUCCGCUUGGCACCUCCGCUGGUCAUCACAGAUGAUGAGAUCAAGACGGCUUUGGCAAUCAUUGGUGAGGCAGUCACCGAGUUGCCAACACUGAAGGGAGAGAAGGAGAAGGAGGUCCUCCCAGAGGGAGAGAAGAAUGUCAGCAUCAAGGUCGACAACUGA